AUGCAUUGAACAGAAAACUCCCACACUGAUGAUCAGACUACUAGCUCAGAUCAAUCGGAUUUCACUAACACCCAGCUGCUCGCCGCUUUCGAAGAUUCCUUUGAGCCAACUUUGGAUACAACUACAACUCCAGCCAACACUACUAGAACUCCUUCGUGCUUUAAUCCAUCCUCUACUUCCCAAGUGCCCAUUAUUUCUGAUGCGUCUGUCAGGCAUACCAACACGGCUACUGGACUCGAAAGACCCAGUACAGCGCUAAAGACGAUAUAUGCCGCCGGUGCGACUCUCUCUACUAGUGCUAAAGACAAAAACCUUGCCUCCAAAACCCGCGGCCCCAGCCAUUUGUUGCUGGACUCUCUACUUAAUGUGCGAGAUAAAAGCUCGCCAAAACCUAAGUCUCAGGAGCCUGUAAAGAUUCCCGGGUCUGAUUUUCAGUCUAGGCCGUUAGCUGAAGAAGCCUGGUUUGCCGAUGAUGCUGACUUCUACUUUUCAGGCCUUGAAGAAGAUAACGUAUUUAAUUCUUAA